AUGGCAGUGAAACUGUCCAGACUGGUUAGGAGGACAGGGAGAGGUGCUACUCCACUGACUGUCCCAGAGCUCUCCCUGGUCCUAAAGAGCAACCAGCCACCAGAGAGAGUGUUAUCCAGGGCUCUGAGUAGUGUGGCAUCCCUGCUGAGACUCUGGAGGGUUCAGUGUCUGGACCUGACUGACUUCUGGAUCCAGGGUCACUCUCUCAUCACACUGCUACUGAACUCAGACACUCUGCAGCAGCUGACUGUAGUUGUGUAUGAAGCUCAGGACAAGGACUUGACUCAGUGGUUCCUGGAGAAGGUUGGUGGAGACCUGACCUCCUGCAGGCUGGACCUGGAAGUGCUUCUCUCUCUGCUGCAGCAUUCAACCCACAACAUCACUGUGGACUUCAGGAAGAACAGGCUCCUAGAGAAGUACAUCUCAGAUCUUCUCCCCUUUCUGGGAAGGGUUAUAUUCAAGAGGUCCAGUUCCAGCUUUGUAAAGUCCACCAUCAGACAGAUCUAUGACAGCAGAGCCAGUGACUGUGUGUCCAGUUUGUUGAGGUCUUCAGACCAUUGGAUCAACCUGAACAGCAGAGAGCUGGACAGAGUGGACUGUACUGCUCUGUGUUUUACCCUGCAGCACUGCCACCAAGUCAAAGUCAACCUGCUGUGGACCUCCAUACCACCGGGGGGAGAUAGAGAGCAUCCUGCCUCUUCUGGACAGAGUCUCCCAACUCAGGUUUAG